AUGAAUGUGGCUAUGCCAAAAUACGCUAAAAGAUGUGAUGGUGUAAAAUGGCUUUUUGUAGUUUGUCUAUCGUUGCAAUUCUCGUCGACGCUCACCGUUCAUGUAAAAGGAAUAUGGAAACCGGGAGAGCAAAAUAUUCAGGUGAUCACAAAGUUCGGCUUUCAACAAACCGAUAAUCGCCAUCCACGUACUUCUAGAGGAUUCAUUUAUGGAAAUAUCACAGGAGUGCAGCGGCCUGGAGAUGAUCCUCUCCUCUUCGUCAUCAUCUCUCAAGCGAAUAUCGGCCUCCUGCAUUCCGAGGAUUCAAAUUAUGGGAAAUCGUGCAGCUCAAUUAUGCAGGAGAUUGCCUCAAACGGUUUCGAGUCUCGAUGCAAACCCAAAGGAACUGCCGACAUUUUUCGAUGGGUUCCUUGUCCGGCUGGGAAAAUUUGCGAAGAAGAAGACCCAGACAACUCAACCACACUGAUCCCCGGUUAUCAAAUGACAAUGCAAAUUGUUGAGCCUCAAAUGCCCGAAUAUUGGUUUCUUGUGCUCAUCGGUUGUCAUUUGAAUGGAAACUGUUCCUGGGUUCAAUCAAAUUCCAAAUCCACGCUCAACUACGAUUUUUGGCUAACAAAUGGUGAUCCCCAGGAUUUAUCGAAAAAUCCUUUCGGGCUUCAGUUCAGCUUCGACGAACAAGACGCUACUCAAAUGUAUCUAGCCACGUUGAUUGCCUAUUUGAUUCUAUGUGCGAUUAUUUAUCAUGGUCGCUCGAUUCAACGAAAGCAUUAUUCGCCAACUCGCUUGAAACUUCUUUCAUGGAUUGUCUAUCUGAAAACAGCUGGUGUGGCUCUACAAUCGUUAAAUAUGUUACAAUUCGCAGCUGAUGGAGAAGGGUUUCUCGUGGCAAGGCUUGCGGGCGAGGUUUUGAGGAUGAUCGCCACUGAUGUACUUUGUUUAAUGUUAUUGCUUUUGGGAAGAGGAUGGGCAUUUUCCGGUCCUUCCUUAAAACCUUCAAAGUGUUUAAUUGUCGGAUGGGCAUUUCUUUCCAUCGUUAAAUUUAUCUUCUUCUGUUGUAACUUUAUUUUUGUAUACGAUAUUCUCCAUGAUGUAGAUGUUUUCUCUAGCUGGCCGGGCCACGGUAUGCUCGCUAUUCGUAUCAUUUUCGCUAUAUGGUUUCUCCUUGAAAUACGGGUUUUGAUAAAACGGGAAAAACACCAUGAGAAAGCGACUUUUCUUGCGCAUUUCGGAGCCGGUUUCCUCGUUUGGUUUGCUUAUUUGCCGGGACUCGGUUGCAUCGCUCAUUUCAUCACUCUUUUAUGGAGAUUUCGAAUUAUUUUGGGAAUCACAACUCUUGCGAACUUCGGCGCCAUUCUCUGUCUUUUGCAUAUCUUUUGGCCAAACAGUCAAUAUCGAAAAUACUUUAAUGUCGACUAUGGAAAUCGAUUGAGAGCGAGUCGAACUGAUUCGAACGAACUCGAGGACUUUGAGCGAUUACUUUAUGCAGAGAACACCGAUUCUGAGAAUGAUUCUCCGGCUGAUGAUGAUCAACCAUCAAAUAUUCACAAUAUGAUU